AUGUUUUAUUCGGAAGCAAUCCUUUCUAAAAAGGGUCCCCUGGCUAAGGUAUGGCUAGCUGCUCAUUGGGAACGGAAGCUUAGUAAAACACAGUUUUUACAGACUAACAUACAGUCUUCAGUUGGUGCCAUCCUUGGAGGAGACCAGCCACCGAUGGCUCUCAGACUGUCUGGACAACUACUGCUCGGUGUCGUAAGGAUAUAUUCGCGCAAAGCAAGAUACCUACUGGAGGAUUGUAAUGAAGCACUUGUCAAAAUCAAAUUGGCUUUUCGUCCUGGAAUAGUUGAUAUGCCGGAAGAGCAAAUUUCAGCUAGUUACAACGCUAUCACACUCCCCGACAUUAUUACCGAGCUUGAUAUUUUGCUGCCAGAUCCUGUUUUUAAUUUAAAAGUAUGGGAAGAUCAACAUCAAAUAUCAGCAAAUUUAUUAAACAACAAUAUCGACAACAAUAUCAACGAUAUCAACAAUAACAACAUCAAUAAUAAUACCAACGGAAUUAAUAACAACAAUACGUCACGACCUCAAGAUAUCACGAUUAGAGACGCGGUAGACAUAUCUCUCGACAUUGGUGCUGGAGCCGAUUUAUUAGGGGAUGCAUUCGAUAUAGAAGAUGGAGGCGAAGAAGCAUCCAUCGAAAUAGAAAAAGCAAGAGACGCACAAAUUGAACAUUCUAUUACUAUGGAGGAUCUUGGUGGUCCCAUUGGUAUGGACAUCGAUGAUAAAGAUCCAUUACAAUCAGAAGGUGCGCCGCUGGUUCCAGAAAAAGAGCCGAACGCGGUGGAUCCUGAUAAUGUGAUAGAAAAACCGGUGGCUGAAGUCGAGAGCGAAAUGAUGAAUCUUAAUUUGAAUGGAGCGAACAUAGCGAAUUCAAGUAUCGAAAAUCCUAUUGAUGCUGAUAAUAGUAACAAUAUCGAUAAUAGUGAAAACAAUAUUGAUAAUAAUAACAACAAUAUUGAUAAUCCCACUUUAGGGGAUAUAAGUUUCGGUGAUGAAUCAGCAAACGCUAUAUUUGGCCUCGAAUCACCACAGAACAAUGUCAAUGAAGAUUUCCAAUUUCAGACUCUCGAACAUGAAGCACAGCCAUCACAACAUAGAAGAAAACGAAAAUUAAAUAUUGAUAAAGUGACCGAAUUGCAAUCGAUACAUAUUGCCAAUCAAAUAAAAGAUACCUCCGACAUUAUACUUGAGCCUUCCUUUCUCCCAGCAUCUCGUAAAUUAAUUCGUCUUGCGGAAAUUCGACAAAUAGGACCCAAAUAUUAUCUCGAUUUAACCGCUCCUCAUAAUGAGUCGCCUAUAAAUGAUAAUUCCAUCGGAGAUGAACAGGAGCCACAGAUAACGGAGAAUAACGCAGGGGAUGAACAAGAGCUCCUGAAAAAUGAUAACCACACAGAGACUGGCGAAGAUUUCGUUUCAAGUUUGCCCAGUCCAGUCAACACCGAAGUUAAAUCACCAACCGGAGAAAACUCCUCAUCAUCGUCUACAAUACAACUCUUGCAACGUGAAUUCGAGAAAUUAGAAAAGGAUGGAGAGCCAAACGCUCAAAAGUCAACAAACUUUAUUAGCUAUCAAAAAGUCGCGGGAAAAGCAAAACGACAAGAAGCUGUCAAACUCUUUUUCGAACUGCUCGUACUAAAAACAAAAGAUGUCAUUGACAUAAAACAGAAAAAACCUUUUGGAGACAUCGAAAUUCGACCAAAGGAUAAACAAAUGUUGGAUAAAUAUCUCACUUCUGAAAACUGA